AUGAAAGCUGCAGAUCAUUCUGUUGGAUCAUUCCCUCGUUUUCAGUUAUGGAUCAGACAUGUUGAUGAUCAUAAUGCAAGACCUAAAGAAUCCAUUGAUAACGAUAGACACAGAAUUGUCGAAAAAAUAAAUACCUUCGAGUCCGGUAAUACAAGCGAUCAAUUUCCGAAGCAUCAGUAUAGAAUAACAUAUGAAGGUAAUAGAAGUUCUACAUUAGUUCCACAGUCAUACUUGAGAGAAGGCAAUUCUAAUAGAUUGUCUCCAAUGGAAGUAAGAUGGUGGAGAGAAAGAUUAUAUAAUGGUUAUAUUACUGAUCGGAACAUGCCUGACAUUCUGAAACGUUUCCCUGGUUUUGGUCGGAAGUGA